UCGGCUGUGUUUGAAUUAAAGGAAAAAAAAACCCUGAGAGCCUGCAACUCUCGCCUGUGCAGUUUUCUGAUCAUUUCCCGCCUAUCUUUGCCGCUCCUCAACUGAGAAGAAGAAGAUGCCGGCGACCCACUUCGGCGUCAAGUACGCCGUACACAUCAUCACCUCCCACUUCGGCAAUCUUGUCGCUAAUGUGUGUGAAAAUCUUCUGAAACGAGGACCCCUAACACUGAGACUCCUAAUUGGGUUCACGGAGCUCACCCCUCAGCAAGUCAAGAACUCCCUCCUCAUCCUAAUCCAGCACAAUUGCGUUCAGCCCUUCUCCGUCGACCAAGCAGAGGGCCCGAAAGUCACUCAGUAUGUAGCGCUGUUCGAUAACAUACUCCAUCGAUGGAGGUUUGCCAAAUUCAUGACGGUUGUUUCCCAGGAAUUCGAUAAAGAGUGUGAACUAAUUAUUAAGGAUUUGCUUGAGAAUGGUAGGCUUACACUAAAACAAAUAACUGAAGCAGGAGAAUAUGCAGUUAAGGAUACUGUUGAGAAAAGCUUUCUUAAACUUGUGAACGCUCAUUUUGUGGAACGCUGCCCUGCUCCUGAAGCAGUUCUUGAAGAAGCAAGUAAAGAUGCUCCAAAGAAGCGAGGUCCUAAGUCUUCCAAGAUUGUUGAAGUACCGGAGACUAUAGAACAACGUGUUGUAGCAGCAGCAGCACCUUCAGCAGCUAUGAGAUUUUCAAUCCUGACUGAUUCUGAAACCGAUGCUCAUGGGGGUAGUUCUUCUAGUAUGAGUACUGGGGACAAGCGAAAGCAUGAUGCUUUGGAGUUGGAUGAAGAAUUUGCUAAUAAUGAAGUGGUUAUUUGGCGUGCUAAUUUUGAGGAAUUCAUUCGCUGCCUAAGGCACAAGGCUUGCGUUGAGAAUGUGAGAGCACGUCUGGAUGACGGAGCUGCACUUGUCUUAAGAGCAAUGCUUAAGUCAACUAGAACUGCAGAGAAGAAAGUAAAGAUGGAAAAUUCAGUUCCUGUAUCAUUCAGUACUAUUUAUGAGGAGGUGAUAAACAGUGAAGCUGGUCGUAAUUUGACAUGUGAUCGCGUCAAAGCUUCCCUCAGCCUGUUGUGCGAUGAAAGAGAUGUAGAUGAGGAUGAAUCCUAUAGUGUUGACUUGAAGAAAAUUCUGGAGCUGGCUCAGAAUGAUGAGGUGGAGUCAAUUGUUUUGAAAAGAUAUGGGAGAGAUGCUUAUAAAAUGUUUAGGCUACUGUCGACUUCAAGUCGUGCACUUGAGACGGAUAAGAUUUCAGAUAUGACACUUGUUGAAAAGAAGGAAACUCCCACAAUUCUCUAUAAGCUGUGGAAGGAUGAGUACUUGCUUAUGGAGAGAUUAGCUGUGACGGGAGCCAGACAGGCACAGUUCUUGGUGUGGAAGGUAGACAGGCCCAUUGUUUGGAAACAUGUUUUAGAUGAGAUGUUCCACGCAGCGCUGAAUCUGAGUCUUCGACUGGCGUACGAGGACGAACAGAUUAAAGAGGUGCAACUUCUCCCAGCGCACAAGCGAACGGGGCCAUUGGGGAAACAAUGGCAAAGAUUUAGAAAUGUGGUUUAUGUUAUGCACGCAUCCCAAUUGAAGAUUGAUGAUGCUAUCAUGCUCUUCCAUGACUUCUGAUUCUACACUAAUUGUAACUCUUAUUAAUAUGACUCGAAAACAUGACUUAAUCAAAAGCGUUUUUAGUUGUUAAAGAACACUUUUGAUCCAUUCCAAAUUGGAUCGCAUAAAAAGCAAAGUUCGUAUUUCA